GCCAUUUUCACGACCAUCCAUCGUCCCGACGUGAUGGACUUGUCUCCGCUUCACUCAGGUCGACGACCUAGGAGCACACUACCUGACAAUACGUGAUAUAAACGAUGCCUCACGCGGAUUCUGCGCUUGUGCCGCCUCACAUUCAGUCGAAGGCGGACUUCUGGAGCCACGUUCAUCUACAACUGUCUGCUCUCCUAGAGGGCCAGAGGAAUUGGGUCACCAACUUGUCCAACGCGGCGUCGUUGAUAUAUGCCUCGUUGCUUGCCUUCCCUCUGCAUUUUGGUGCCGAUGAGCGAGCGGUGAACUGGUGUGGAUUUUACCUCAUAUCCACGUUGUUCCCUACUCCGCUCUUCACCGCCACGUCCGAACGCACCAACACCCCAAAGCAACUUCUGCUGGCCCCGUUCUGUGGUAAACCGGCUUGCCAAUUCAUCCAAGUAUCUCCUCCUGAGAGAGCCCGCGGAGUGUGCGCCACCGCUUAUGUCCAGAGAAGAACCGUCCUCGUUCCCGACGUCGAGGCAUUCCCCGGGCACAUCGCCUGCGAUGGCGAGACGAAGAGCGAGAUCGUGGUACCACUCAUCCUGAAGCGGGACGGCGAAGAAGACGUAAACCUUGGCGUCCUCGAUCUGGAUUGCCUAGCUCUCGCGGGGUUCACGGAGGAGGACCAGGUCGGGUUGGAGAGAAUCGCCCAGAUGCUCGUUGCGGCGUGCGAUUGGUAGUCGCGAGUCGGGAGAGGAAGAAUCGUCGUCUCGAUACGUUUCGUUGGCCACUGUUCGGGUUCACAAGAGUGGCGGACAGCCAAUAAUCAUGUUUCUGGAGAGUAUCGGGAGCACAACAUGCUAUAGUCCUUGUGGGAUAUCGUGUAAACGACAUCCCCAGAUCCUCGGAGCAUCGACUUCCGCUAGUCCGCUGAUCACAGUAUAUUGGAAUCACUGCCGUAAUAACUCAGGGUAAC